AGGUAGAGGUUCAUAUAAGACUCAGCCGUCCAUUGGAAUUGUUGUUUGUCGCUCGCUAGUUUUGUCGCGUGGUUUGUGAAGUUCGCAGGUUGCACGGAAUCCGAAACGCGUAUUUUUCAAGAUGAGUUGUGGAAUGUCUUUGGUGAAGUACUUGCUAUUCCUUUUCAAUUUGCUUUGUGCGCUAUGUGGAAUAGUUUUCAUUGUUUUGGGAAGCAUAUUCCUCUCACAUGUAAGCAGCUUCAAAGAAUUCCUCAAUGAGUUGGGAGCGGCACAAAUCCCUAUUGGAUUCAUCGUCUUGGGUGGACUGAUUUUCAUCAUUGCAUUCUUCGGUUGUUGCGGAGCAAUUCGGGAAUCGUACUGUAUGUCAAUGACGUAUGCAGUCGCACUUUUCGUCCUAAUUCUUGCGGAUAUUGCUUUGAUUGUUUACAUUUUCGUUGCUCGUUCCAACCAACAAGAACUCAUUACGAAAGCCGUCAACAAGCUUUGGCAAACAGCAAACCAAGAGCAAUCUGCUUUCAAGGGACUUCAAGCAGCGUUGCACUGCUGCGGUAGAACUGGACCAUUAGAUUGGGCAGGAUUGACAUUGCCAGCAUCAUGCUGUAAAGACCCUGCUCUUCAGACUUGCACAGCUUUCGAGGCAUAUUCAACUGGCUGUGAAAGCGCCCUGCAAGACUUUGUUAGGAAGAACGUCGAUAUCAUUGGAUAUGUUGGCAUUGGCAUUGUAGUUGUUGAGAUCGUCGGCUUCAUCUUCGCUUGCUGUUUAGCCAACCACAUUCGCAACCACAAGAGAAGAGCAGCCUAUUAGAUGUUUAAGAGCUUUAUUAAUAACUUCCGAACAGUGUUUUUUAAUAAUUCAUUAUAAUAUAUAUUAAAAAUAGAUGUAUACUUUUACAAUUCAUAAAGCAAAAAAAAUUUAUGUAUACGCGAACAA